UGGGAGGAAAGGGGGGGGGGGGGAAGGUUAGCGGUGUGCAGGGCGUUUGGACGUGAACGAAAAGGCAGUGCCGAAUUAGCAUCUUUUUAACCUCAGCUUUCUGCUGCAUCACGAGAGUGGUCAAGGAGCUUUUAAAUGUAUAUUUGGCCUCCUUCAAGAUACAGCUGGAUCACCAACAAUGGCGACCAAGAGGAAACCUAUCUACACUUACUCUGGGACUUCUAACUUAAAUUUUAGACCAAUGAGUCAAGAAAACUCAAAGUCGGAAGCCAAGGGGACGAAGCCUGUGCCUGAACAAUCCUCUAUACGAAAUGUCUUACUCAUGAUGGUUCUGCACAUCUGCAGAAAAAUAGUGUUUGUAGACACCACCAAGAGGGUCGCAGUCUAUUGCUUUUCUCUUUUCUUGGUGUCAUUGCUUGGGGAUGUCAUGCCAAUCCCGAGGAGUUAUUUCUCCAGAUCAGACAAUAUUUUAAACCAGUGCUUUGUGAAAUUUGGUUGGGGAUGGACAAUGAUUGUAACCAUACCAUUCCUUGCGCUCACCAGUUACACCAUUUGUUGUGGGAAACGAGACAAAGUUCUCAAACAUUUUGUUCGCUUGUGUGUAGCAACGACCUCCUGGUUUUUCUGGACGAAGCUCUUCGAUUAUAUUGAGGUUAGUUACGGUAAAUGCAGCACAAAGGGUGACUUCACCAAACAACAAUGUCUUGCCAACGGCCAAUACUGGCACAGCUUUCACAUAUCUGGGCAUGCCUUCAUUUUAGUAUACAGCAGUUUAAUUUUGAUUGAAGAAGCUAGAGCCAUCGUAGGUUGGGAGAGAAUUAGAGACUUAAUUCGAGACGAAUACUUCACUCGUUCAAAUGCAGAAGAUAGCAGGUCAGUGGCCACCUCGAGUCCCCUUGGGAAUCUAACAGAAAGUGAAUUUAUCAUCUUAAAGUCUUGCUAUGAGCGAUUCACUCCUCUUGUGAGACUGCUAUUCAUUUUAAUGACAUGUUUCUCUGUAUUGUGGGACUUUAUGCUCAUUUUCACAAUGUUGUACUUUCAUAAUAUGGUAGAAAAACUUCUGGCUGGAGUUAUUGCAAUCUUCAUAUGGUUUGUAACUUAUCGGGGCUGGUAUACCAUGCCCAAACUCAUUCCUGACUUGCCAGGGGAAGGUCUGUUUAAGUAUAAAGGCAAAGUACAGUCAGAUGUUCCCAUGAAGAAAAGAAAGUCAGUUGCCUCUGUUAAUGCAAAAGGACAACUUCCUCGAUUUAUGGGUAUGCCUUUGUAUGGUCUCAAAGCUCAGGAUGUUGAUAAAACUGAAGCAGUUAACAAUGGGUCCAGUGCAAUCAGUGAUUUUUAAUGUAGUUAGUUGGUCUUAUAACAGCUUUUCUAUUGGGGGGGAAAAGGAGAUACAAAUUUUUGUUGUGAUUCAUGGUUACUCGUUUUAUUUCAUUAUUUUGUAUUAUUUUUGUUUCAAUCUUUGCAUUUUUCUGUUGAAUUUCAUAAUAUAGUUAAUGGUAUGUUGUUUAAGCUUUAAUUUUUGGGUAAACGUUUUUUACCGUUUUUGUUUUGUUAUUUAUUGCUUUUCUAGAAGCUGUUGUGGCCUUUGAGGCUCCACAGUAAUUUGUGUUCCAGCCUGCACAAUAUUGCAAUCUUAAAGUGUAUUCAAGAUUGUGCAAACCAAAAUGGUCUAACUUCAUUAUUUGAACUGUUCUUGUAUGCAACACAAUGUAAAUUACAUGAGACAGGGAAAUGUUUGUAUUCAAUGUAUUUUGUUAAAAAUCUGCUCUCUACCGAUUAUUAUUUUAAUUUGUAUCAGCUAUUAAUCUUUCCUAGACCAUCCAAUUGAUUCUGUACCACUAGAGUGGCUAUUUGAACUCCGAAACAAGAAGACCUUUGAAAUAUAUACUUGAUUUUAA